UCACAGUGAUGUCAGGACAGGGAGGGCUUACUGCAGGAGAUAAGGCCGGCUAAUGGAGAUGAAAUGAAUCGGUAUUUAAAAGGUCCGGUUUAGUUAAGGCACCUUACUGGCAGCAGAUUGUGUUCAAACGAGCUGGAAGAAGAAGAGACAGAAACAAGCUGAAAACGAAAGACUGUUGGUCAAACUUUACACCUGAUUUUUAUUUGUUUUUUUUACAUAAACUGGGACAGAAACAGGUCUGAGAGCAACUCCCUGCUGGGAACUUGAAGGUAUUCAGGUGGAGGUUAAAGGUGGUUCGUGUCAUGACCCCCAGGGAGCAGCUGAGGAAGAUGACGGCCCUGGGAGAGCAGGGCGCCCUGGAUGAGAAGCACUGGUAUCGGCUGGUCAAUGGGAUGUCAGCUGGAGAGCUCAGACAGAGGCAGGAGCUCAUAAUGAGGAACCAAAUGGCCAUGGCGCCGCAGAUCCUCGCCCAGGGGCAACAGAGGUUGCAGGGGGUCCCGGCACAGUUCGAACCUCGUUUCAUGGAAAGGGAAUUGGUUCCUCCCACUGAGAUGGUACCGUCCGAGGCCAGACAUAUGCACGUGGGGCCUCACCUUGGUCCACCUUUACCUCCUCACGCUAAUGUCCUGCCUGGUAGAACGUUUCCUGGCCCAGCUGGCUAUGGCUUCUUGCCUUCAGAACCCAUGGAAACAGUUGCCCGGCGACAGGAGCUCAUACACAAACAAAAUAUAGCAAGAAUGGAGAUGAAUGCCAUCCUGCACCAGAAAGAGCUGGAGAACGCCCACCAGAAAGGCCUGAUGGGAAUUGAAAACCCGGUGUCGUACCCUUCCAACCCCAUGCUGUUCAGAGGUCGCCAGCGCAUGCCAGACAGCCAUGACGUCUUCGUCCACCGUCCCUCCCUGGACGAGCUGCACUCCAACAGCAUCCUUAUGUCGACCAGCCCCUACCCACCAAUCAGCACGCUGCACAGAGAGAGGGGCCGCAGGGCCGGGAGGAGGCCAGCAGUUCACAAGAGCUCAGAGAACCACACGCCCAGCCUGAAGGGUCCAGCUGAAGAUAAAAGUGUAGAGCAGAGUCCAGAGGCCACAUCCGGGGAGGAGAAGGAGAUAGAAGCAAAGGGUGACGUUGGGGAGGAGUGUGCCCCCAGUAAAACGCACCAUCAGGUCAAAAUAGACUCUGAACUGGCUGCAGGGAGCAGGAAGACCUACAAAGAAGGGGAGGCAGGUCUACGGAAAGUCUGUGCGACCAAUCAAGAUGGGUGUCCAGAUGUGGCCAACGGGGGCACAAAUGAUAAAGACAUGUCCAGCUCUGCUUUCCAGGAAAAAUUCAUGUACCCGUCUACUGGUGGGGCUCUUACAGGGAUGCCUUACAUGUUCCCCGUCCCUGGAAACGGCUUCCUUCCAGCUGGUACACCGAACCUCUUUCUUAACGGCGAUGAAAUACCCGAAGACAUAAGGAAGUGGACGGUGAACGACGUUUACAACUUCGUCAACAGUAUUCCCACCUGUUCAGAAUACGCUCAGACGUUUAAGGACCACAUGAUAGACGGAGAGACCCUGCCUCUUCUUUCAGAGGAGCACCUACUGGAUACACUGGGGCUCAAACUGGGGCCGGCUUUGAAGAUUCGGUCACAGGUGUCCAGGCGCAUGGGCAGCAUGUUGUACAUGCUGAACCUGCCUCUGACCGGCACCACCCUGCAGGCCACCCCCGAGAAGCCCGGGGAACGCUCCCCAGAGAUCGGCUCCCCCGGUAACUGCAACAGCGAGGACAUGAUGGCGAGUCCAAGAGAUCCUGACGGCACCAAAUCAUCUGAACACCUCCACGAGGCAGAAAACAUUUCUCCUCCUUCAGCCAGCAGUGAGACCGCCUGAUCACUGCUGACUAAAUACAAACUGAACCUGGCUCACGCUUAA